AUUAAAAAUGAUAAGUUAAACGAGCACCUAAUUAUUUCUAUAUUUUAUAUAAGAAAUAGAUAAGAUAGGUGACGCAAUGUAGAAAUAAAUCAAAGUGACGGAAAGUGCCAAUAUCGCAUAUGGAAGAUUCUGUAUAUCACAAUGUCGACUACCUUCUCAUACCCUGACCCUAGGCUCCAAGAUGAGCUGAGGAAGACCGCCGAAGCCAUAGUUGCACCAGGAAAGGGAAUACUUGCUGUUGAUGAGACAAAUGAGGGUAUUGGAAAAUUAUUAGCAGCAGUGGGCUUGCAGAACACAGAAAAUAAUAGAAGACGGUACAGGCAACUUCUUUUUACAGCUGAUGAUGCACUUUCAGAAAAUGUGUCAGCUGUUAUCUUAUUUGACGAGACCGUAUACCAAAAGACUGACAAUGGACAAUCGUUCAUUGAGGUGCUGAGACAGAAGAAUAUUAUACCGGGAAUCAAACUGGACAGAGAUGUGGUUCCGUUAUUUUUGUCUGAGGAUGAGGUCACUACACAAGGUCUUGACGAUUUAGCGAAACGGUGUACAGAAUACAGGAAACAGGGCUGUAGAUUCGCUAAGUGGCGUUGUCCGUUGAAGAUCAGUGAAAGGACGCCGUCAGUUCAAGCCGUUCAAGAUAUGGCCCAAGUAUUGGCCAGAUACGCCUCCAUCUGCCAAAGUGAAGGCUUAGUACCUAUCGUGGAACCUGAUGUUUUAUUAGAUGGUAAUCAUGACAUCGUAAGAGCACAAAAAGUAACGGAAGUGGCUUUAGCGGCACUUUACAAGGCAUUAAGCGAUCAUCACGUAUUCUUGGAAGGGACAUUAUUGAAGCCUAAUAUGGUAACACCAGGUCAAGGUUAUUCUGGAAAGAGUACCCCAGAAGAAAUCGCAGUCAGAACUGUUACAGCAUUAUUACGUGGCGUACCAGCUGCUGUACCAGGCAUCACAUUCUUGUCUGGUGGUCAGUCUGAAGAGGAGGCGACACUGAAUUUGAACGCAAUUAACAGUGUUCCGCUGAAGAAACCUUGGGCAUUAACCUUCAGCUAUGGACGAGCUCUGCAAGCUUCCGUGUGGAAGACUUGGGCCGGGAAGGAUGAAAACGUGAGGAAAGCACAAGCGGAACUCUUGAAAAGGACGAAGGCUAACGGACUGGCAGCCCAGGGUAGGUACAAGGCUGGAUCAGUAAGAUCUGUUGCUGGCGACCGAUCUAACUAUAGCGCCAAUCAUCAAUAUUGA